AUGAUGGCCAUGAACGCCAAGCAGCCGUUCGCCAUGCACGCCGCCCUCCAGGAGCCCAAGUUCUCCAGCCUGCACUCCAGCGCGGAGGCAAUGCGCAGAGUUUGCCUCCCGGCCCCGCAGCUGCAGGGCAAUAUAUUCGGGAGCUUUGAUGAGAGCCUGCUGGCCCGCGCGGAGGCUCUGGCGGCCGUCGACAUCGUUCCCCACGCCAAGGGCCACCACCACCCCUUCAAGCCGGACGCCUCCUACCACGCCAUGAGCGGCGUCCCCUGCGCCGCCGCCGCCCUCCCGCACCCCGCCGCCCUCGCCGCCCACCCGCACCCGCUGCCGCACCCGGCGCUGGACGGCGGCGACCUGCUGGAGCACCUCUCGCCCUCGCUGGCCGUCGGCGGGCUGCCCGAGCCCCCCGCCCUGCCCGCGCCGCUGCCGCCGCACCCGCUGGCCGCCGCGGGCCCCCUGGCCGUGGGCGUGGGCCCCCCGGGGGGCCCGGCGCCGCCGCCCGCCGCGCCCGAGGCCGAGUCGGACCCGCGGGAGCUGGAGGCCUUCGCCGAGCGCUUCAAGCAGCGGCGCGUCCGGCUGGGGGUGACCCAGGCCGACGUGGGGGCGGCGCUGGCGGCGCUGAAGCUGCCGGGCGUGGGCUCGCUCAGCCAGAGCACGAUCUGCCGCUUCGAGUCGCUGACGCUGUCGCACAACAACAUGACGGCGCUGCGGCCGGUGCUGCAGGCCUGGCUGGAGGGCGCCGAGGCCGCGCACCGCGACCGCGCCGCCGGCCCCGAGCUGCUGGCCGGCGCCGAGCGCAAGCGCAAGCGGACCUCGAUCGCCGCGCCCGAGAAGCGCUCGCUGGAGGCCUACUUCGCGCUGCAGCCGCGGCCCUCCUCCGAGAAGAUCGCCGCCAUCGCCGAGAAGCUGGACCUCAAGAAGAACGUGGUGCGCGUCUGGUUCUGCAACCAGCGCCAGAAGCAGAAGCGCAUGAAGUACUCGGCGGUGCACUGA